GCCUUCUUAAAGUUUGCCCAUCCCUUUGUUUUAAUUUUGUUGUUAAACUCGCCGGAGAAAGAAAACAAUUUAAAAAACCUACUUGGAUGUGAAAUAUAGAUACAAAUAGCGUUCACGUAUUAAAGAUGGCGACGCAUGAGGGAAUUCACUCAUACUUUUCACAGCUUAAUUCCCUCUCUGAAAAGAUUACACGCGACAUAAAUAGAGUAAGAUCUUCAUUCAGUCGAGAUGCCUGGCUUGCGUUGACUUUAAAUGAGCAGGAAAAAAUAUUGAACAAUCGCCUAAUAAAUCCUGAUAUAUACACUAAGUAUUAUAAAACGACUGAAACAACCUCUUCAGUACAAGAAGCACAGUUAAAAACAGACAUUUCAAAAAGUGAUUUUCAACAAUUCCCUUAUAAGGACGUUGUAUAUUCAUAUAACGGGCAAGACCUGCACACAUAUAUUUAUCAAAAUGUGGGAUUGAAAAUAUUACAUGACGAAAAUACCAGAGAUUGCCGCGAUGAACAUUCUUAUCCAUUUAGCUAUCGAACCAAAUCCCAAAUAAACAUACUAUCCAACGAUCCUGAUGAUGUCUCUGUUGUCGGAGCUGCCGCCGAUGUAUCGAAAUCCCUGUAUUUAAAAUUUACAAACAACCCAAAAAUACCCAGUUUCCAAAUUAAUGUCAAUGAUAAGGUCGACGUUAGCCAAAGAAAAACAAAAAUGUGUGAGGAAGAAAACUACCAAAAAAGUAAAUGUGUUUAUAGUAACGAACAAUUAUUGGACUCUGAUGAAAAAUUGCAACUGCUGUUUAGAUUUGAAUCAAAAAGCAGUGUGUCAAACGAUUUGUCUGAUUAUGAAAAUGAAUUUAAAGAUAUAAGCCAAGACGAAAGUGCAAAACUUUUAACACCCGAACUGCAAGUCCCAAAAGGUUUCGAUUUUCUCAGUAAUUGGUAAAACUUUUUUAUAGUCACCUUUUGUGUAGCAAGAAGCGCGAUUUAUACCGUAAUCAUUUUCAUCUCACUACGCUUUCUAAUGUAACUUAACUUGCCCAAUAGGAAUACCAAAAUAAAUUAUUUAAUGUUUGUCAAACAACACAAAAACCACGA